AUGCUUUCAAUAGAAAAAGAAAAUUCUAGAGUUGCUACAACUAAACCAUUAGAUGAACUUUUUACCAAUGUCGGUCAAAAGUUUGAGACAGAGACCGUAAAGCAUGAAGGCUAUCGUUUUGACUACCCGUUAAGAUGGUUAAGAGACCCAUCUGUCACAAAAGCUAUUGGCUUUCGUAGAAUGAAGUUCAUUUCAGAAGCCAUACAUGGUUUCCCAUUUACGGUCGGUUUUGAAGUUCGA